AUGAUAAAAAACUCGCCUUGUAAUUACGCAUAUGGCUCACUUAAAUUUUUUAAUAGCAUGGGUAUUAGAAGUCGAAUUAUAUUACCAUUUCAAUCAAAUAUUACAUUAACUGUAAUAAAAUUUAAUUCAUCAUCAUCUAAUUCUUCUUCUGAUUCAUCUUCUGAUUCAGAUUCAAGUUCUGAUUCUGAAGUUUCUAAUAAAGAUAGAAAAAAUAAUAAGGUAUUUAAAACCAUAGAAUAUUUACAAAAUGCAAAAGUUGCACAAAAAAAAAGACAAAUAGUAAUUAAAAUGUUACAAAUAAAACAAAAUAAGGCAAAUAUUAAUGCUAAAUUUGAAACAAAAAUUGAUAAGUCAAAAGAGAUACAAAAAGAACCAUCUAUUAUUAGAUUGCUAAAAAACCAUGAGCAUGUAUUUUUGGAACUUACAAAGUUUAAAGGAAUUUUCUAUAAAUUUGAAGAAGAUUCAGAUGUUCCUAAAUUUAAAAUGUGGAAUACAUGGGAAAAAAAUGAAUUACAAUUUUCAAUAUCAAAAUAUCCUAAAAACGCAUUUCAAGAAAUGAUUGAAUGGACUAAAGAAGGAAAAUUAUGGAAAUUUCCUAUAGAUAAUGAACAAGGGAUGGAAGAUGAAUAUAACGUACAUUUUUCAAAGCAUGUAUUUUUGGAACAUCAUUUAGUACCAUGGUGUCCCUCUAAGGGUCCAAUACGACAUUUUAUGGAAUUAGUAUGUAUUGGACUUUCAAAAAAUCCAUAUAUGACAAUUGAAGAAAAAUAUGAUCAUAUAAUGUGGUAUAAAGAUUAUUUUAAAGAUAAACAAGAUUUAUUACAAAAAUUAGGUAUUGUAGAAUAAAGAAAAUAUUUGUAAAAAAUAUAUAAAAUGAAAUAUUAAUUGUUUUUAAAAAAUAAAAAUUUAAUAAAAUA